AUGCUGCUCUUCUUUGUUGUAGUCAACGUGGGCGUGGCACUACUCACAUCUUUUCUGUAUAUUCUCAUCUACUUCAUAAGUCGCCAUGAGAUGUACCUGUUCCACACACAUAUUCACGGUCUCCCCGGAUACAUCGCCGGAUUUUCUGUCGCAGUCAAACAGGUGAUGCCCGAUCACAUUCUUAUCACGUCACCUUUGGGAAAGCUCCGAAAUACUCACAUCCCUCUACUAUUGCUUAUUCUAUCAAUUGUACUGCGACUUGUUGGUGCCCUAGACGGACCCUACCCGUUCAUGUUUGGCUGGGGUAUUGUCGUAAGUUGGGUGUACUUGAGAUUUUACCAAAAACAUAGCAACGGUAAUCGAGGAGAUAUGGCAGAAAACUUUAGCUUUGCAAGUUUUUUCCCCAGUCGACUCCAGCCUGUCGUUGGCAUUUUCGCAAACACAAUCUUCAGCACUUUGGUGAAAAUGAAAAUUUGCAAGAAACCUCAGCGGAAAUAUGAUGUCAGUUCUCCAACAACAAUUACCAUCACAUUACCAGGUACAGAUCCACAGGAUGCAGAAAGAAGAAGGCAAUUAGCAUUGAAGGCGCUAAAUGAACGACUUAGCAAAGUGGACCAGCAACCAAAAUGGCCGUCACUUGUUGAAGAGGGAGAAUUCCCUAAAGCCCCACCCUCAGGUCACUCACCAGGAAAAGAGGUGAAGCCAGAAGCAACUGCAGUCGGGUGCCAUCUGGUUGCUUGUGGUGACCAUCCAAUCGGGUGCCAUCUGGUUGUGCCGGCCAUCCAGUCAAGUGCCAUCUGGUUGUGGCGGCCAUCCAGUCAGGUGCCAUCUGGUUGUAACAGUCAUACAAUCAGGUGGCAUCUAAUCUAUUUUCUCUGCAAAACUCAAUUUUAUCCUAGGAGCAAUUCUUAUAGUCUUGUGAAAGUUGGCAAUAAUUACUGA